ACGGUGAGGACGUUGCGUUCGCGCCGCUGUCCGAGUUGAUGCUCUAAAGUCAGCUCCGGCGAUCUUCACUCAUUUCUCUAAUUCAUCAAAGAUCCAUUUCCAAGAUUCCCACCCCCCCCAAUGCUCCUCCUUUCUCAUCCCUUCUCUCCCGGUUGGUAGUUUCUCUCCGGCCACAAUCACCCUCCAAUUCUCUUCUCUGAUCCUACUUUGACCGGAAUGACUAGCCCCCGGUUGUCGGGGCCGCCGCCUCUUCCGAUUCACUCCUCCACACAACACCAUGACUCCUGGGACUGCAUGCUUCCGGGCCCUCCCAGUCGCAACAACUUCGGAUCCGCCGACAUCAGCCCCUCCGGUCUCCUCGCUUUCCCCUCCGGCAGCUCCGUCUCCAUCGUUGAUUCUCGUUCUAUGCAGCUCAUCACCGCCAUCCCCAUGCCUCCGCCGUCGACUACUGCUACUUCUCUCUCCCCUUUCGUCACCUCUGUUCGGUGGACUCCUCUCCCUCUCCACCGUGACCUCCUUUCUACAGAGCCCUCCACCUCACACCUUCAUCUCGCUGCUGCUGAUCGCCAAGGUCGCAUUGCUCUUCUUGAUUUCCGUUUGAAGUCCCCUACCAUCUGGUUCGAUACUAGCGACUACAAGUACGGUGUUCAGGAUCUGUGUUGGGUGCGGUCUGGACCCGAUUCGUACCUUCUUGCUGCAAUUCACGGCGCCUCGGCUCUCUCCCUCUAUAGUGUUACCACUGCUCGAUGUGUCUGGAAAUAUGAUGCUUCCCCUGAAUAUCUGUCUUGCAUUCGUUACGAUCCCUUCGAUUCGCGCCAUUUUUGAAUUGGUCUCAAAGGGUUUCUUCUCUCGGUUCAGGUUUUGGAGAAGGAAAGUGAUGUUGUCAUUAAGGAGCUGCGGAUUGGAACCGACUGCACCGAAUUGCUGAAGCUAGAAAGGGAUGCAGCUUCCGGAUCAUCGUCGCCGGCCUCUGCCAUGUUUCCCCUUUACAAUGCGAAAUUUGCAUUUUCGCCGAAAUGGAGGCAUAUUCUGUUUGUAACGUUUCCCAGGGAGUUGGUGGUGUUUGACUUGCAGUAUGAGACGGCGCUUUUUUUAGUAUCAUUGCCUCGUGGGUGUGGUAAAUUCCUUGAUGUGCUACCGGAUCCGGACAGUGAGUUGCUCUACUGUCCUCACCUGGAUGGAAGGCUCAGUACCUGGCGCCCGAAAAGAGUAGGAACUAGACUUACAAGAGACGAACUUAUAUAUUAUACUUACAGAGGUGAACAAGUCCACGUAAUGUCUGCAAUGGAAGAGUUGCUGCCGUCAAUUGGCACAUCUGUUCCAUCUCCUUCAGUUCUUGCUGUUGUCAUCUGCCAGUCCGAUUCCAUCCUCCAAAAUGUUGCCAAGCUUUGUUCUGAUGUACGUCAUUCUCAUUCUCCUUCUCCUGAUGCAGAUGCAGAAGCAGAAGCAGAAGCAGAAGCAGAUAUUGUUUCUCCAUUUGAUUCAUAUGACGAAUGCCAUCCCAUCUCUUCAACACACUUGAUAUCCAUCUCUGAUGAUGGAAAAGUAUGGAACUGGCUUGUAACUGCCGAAGACACGCAGACGGAUGAUGCAUGCGUGAGUAUGAGCACUGAUGUCGGUGGCGUGCCAACUUCAGACAGCAACACUGACCAAAUAGUUUCUUCUACCAAUUCACUUGCUUCAGAAGCAGGCAAGCAACUAGAUCACGCCAAUACCAGUUGUGGCCGUCCACCCUCUGGCCUCAGUGAAUUGGACUUGUCAUUUAAGAUCAGUUUAGUUGGUCAGCUUCAGCUUCUUUCUUCUGCAGUAACGAUGCUGGCAGUGCCAUCUCCAUCCUUGAUAGCUACAUUAGCUCGUGGAGGAAACUAUCCUGCUGUUGCUGUACCAUUGGUUGCUUUAGGGACUCAAAGUGGAACCAUUGAUGUCAUUGACAUUUCUGCCAAUUCUGUGUCAUCUUCCUUUUCUGUACAUAAUAGUGUUGUUAGAGGUUUACGGUGGCUAGGGAAUUCCAGAUUGGUGUCGUUUUCUUACAGUCAGGUGAAUGAAAAAUCUGGAGGUUACCUUAAUCGUCUUGUUGUGACCUGUCUUAGAAGUGGCUUUAAUAGAACCUUCCGUGUUAUGCAAAAGCCUGAACGUGCUCUCAGAGCUUUAAGAGCUUCUUCAUCUGGAAGGUAUCUUCUUAUCCUGUUUCGUGAUGCUCCUGUUGAAGUUUGGGCAAUGACAAAGACUCCUAUCAUGCUUAGAUCAUUAGCUCUUCCAUUUACCGUUCUGGAAUGGACACUUCCAACAGUUCCACGGCCUGCUAAAGAGCGUACAACCAUGACAUCGGAUACCGUAUCUUCACCAACUAAGGCAUCAUUAUCUGAUACUAGUAAGCUUGCACAAGAAGGAAAUCAGGAGGAGACUUCUGAAAGUUUUGCAUUUGCACUGGUAAAUGGUGCGCUUGGAGUUGAAGUUCAUGGUCGAAGAAUUCGGGAUUUCACACCCAAAUGGCCUUCAUCUUCUUUUGUUUCAUCUGAUGGAUUAAUUACAGCCAUGGCCUACCGCUUGCCACACGUGGUCAUGGGUGAUAGAUCAGAAAUUCGUUGGUGGGAUGUAACAACCGGGCAUUCUUCAUCUUUUAACACUCACAGAGAGGGAAAGCGAAUCAAAUUUUCCCCUGUAGUUCCUGGAGACCACAGUAGAGGACGUAUAGCUGUUCUAUUUUAUGAUAAUACAUUUUCCAUAUUUGAUCUUGAUUCACAGGAUCCCUUGGCUAAUUCCAUUUUACAACAUCAAUUUCCAGGGACCCUUGUAUUGGAACUUGAUUGGUUGCCUUUACGAACAGAUAGAAAAGAUCCUCUAGUAUUAUGUAUUGCAGGAGCUGAUAGUAGCUUUCGCCUUGUUGAGAUCAUAAUUAAUGAAAAGAAGCAUGGCUAUGGACGCAAGACGGCCAAGGAAAGAUUUCGGCCAAUGCCUAUAUGUUCGCCUUUGUUACUUCCUACUCCACAUGCAUUGGCAUUACGGAUGAUCUUGCAGUUAGGUGUAAAGCCCUCCUGGUUAAAGAAGAAGCCUCAACUCGUAUCUGGAGUUUCAGGAGGUGGCCAUGACCUUCGGAGUCACAUGAUUGACUUACCACCUGUUGGUGACUCGGUGGUGCCAGAAAUGCUUCUCAAGGUGCUUGAACCUUAUCGUAUAGAAGGUUGCAUACUUGAUGAUGCGAGGGCAAAAUUAUAUUCCAAGUUAGUACAUAAAGGUCCUUUGAGGUUUGCCUUUGCUGCUGCAAUUUUUGGUGAAUCCUCUGAAGCCCUCUUUUGGCUACAGUUGCCUAGUGCUCUCAGUCAUCUCAUGAAUAAGUUAGCAAAUAAGUCUCCCAGAGAGGUCAAUCCUCAAUGUCUAAUGGAUCUUGAUGAAGCUUCGAUGCUGAAUAGGAUAACCUCAAAGGGAAAAUCAAUGCCAAGAACUGGGAAGAAAGAAACACUCGGUCAAGGCCAACUGGCAAUGGCUUUCAAACAAGAGGAGUUGUGGGAAAGUGCAAAUGAACGCAUUCCUUGGCAUGAAAGAUUGGACGGGGAAGAGGUUAUUCAAACGUUACUUCAUGGGCGUGAAACUUACUUGACUGCACAAUUGGUAAAUGUAGGAUUCUGGGUUUGUGUGUAUCUCUUGGGAGGAAGUAUUGAGGGUGUAUUAGGGAUCAAUAGCAUUGUGCAUUUCAACGUCUCCCUUGGAGUUGUGAUUAUUGUAAGCAAACAUGGUCCCCAUCCUUUUGAGUGGACAACAUUAGGGGUUAAUAGCACUUUCCGAAAUCCUUGGAAGGAUAUUUCUUUCGAACUCCCUUCUUUUUCUCAGUUUUCUUGUUGUUUUGUGGGGAUGGAGUUUGGUGUUAGCUUUGUUGGUUUGCGGGUGCGUCAGAGCAAUGGUCAAGGAGUUCCUCCUCCAUGUGCCUUUAAGAGAUUAGGGGGUUUUUUUGUGGCUUGCCACGGACGAAUUCAAUCUGUUACCCUUGUUUAUCUAACUAUCUUCGUCGUUAGGCUUGUAUCUGUUGGAAACUUAGAAGCCGCUGUUAGCUUACUGCUUUCCACUUCUCCAGAGAGUUCUUACUUCUAUGCAAAUGCUCUACGUGCUGUUGCACUUUCUUCAGCAGUGUCAAGAUCACUUCUAGAACUGGCUGUCAAGGUUGUUGCAGCCAACAUGGUGAGAACUGAUCGGUCGUUGUCUGGAACUCAUCUUCUCUGCGCUGUAGGAAGAUAUCAAGAAGCUUGUUCUCAGCUUCAAGAUGCUGGAUGCUGGACGGAUGCUGCAACUUUAGCUGCCACACAUUUAAAAGGAUCUGAUUAUGCUAGGGUGCUGCUAAGGUGGGCCAAUCAUGUAUUCCAUAGCGAACAUAACAUCUGGAGGGCGCUGAUAUUGUACGUCGCAGCUGGUGCACUACAAGAGGCACUGGCAGCACUUCGUGAGUCGCAACAACCCGACACUGCAGCUAUGUUCAUCCUGGCAUGUCGAGAAAUACAUGCAGAAUUUAUCUCCAAUUUAGAAAAUUCAGAUGACGAGUCAGACUCAAAUGCUUUGAAAAACAAACUCCUUAAGUUGCCCGGUUGGACCCUGAAAAUGAUGACGUUGUCGCAGUCGGUGAAUAUUAUGGACAAUACCAGAGAAAACUUGUGCACCUCUGCAUGGACUCCCUGCCGUAUUCUGAUUGAAGAGUGGAAUAACUUCUCUCCGUGUCGUGAUGUGAUUAACCAAUUCUCCAGGGAUUUACCUUUUAUUGAGUUGCAUCCCUGAAAUGAAACCACAAAGUCAUACGCUGAAAUGAACAGAAAUAGCCUCCUUGGAUAGGAGGUUUUUUGCAAUGUGCAAAUCACGGGAGUGAUCUUUUUUCUGGCAAGCUUAAAGCUAAAUCUUCAGAGAAGAAGGGUUCCAGUGUGGCUGUAUCAUCUAGAAAUCUUUAUAGAGGAGUUGUCAAUAACAUUGUUACUUUAUUCAAUAGAGGAGGUUUUGCUUAUAUUUCCUCACUUAGAAAAAGAAAAAAGAAAAAAGAAAAAAGAAUAUAUUUUAUCACUUUUGUUGUAUAUAGCAUCUUUUCUGAUAACAGUAACAAUUCAUGGAGAGGAUUGAAUGGCUUGGAAUCAGUUUGAUACGAAUCUUGUAUUUCCAUGAAUUGGACAUACCAAACAGAUUUUUGUGUUGGUUUUGCAGAAAUGUAGGAUUGUAAAAGAAAUGUUCUUUGAUGAUUGGACAUCCUAGAAUGUCCCAUGCAAAUUAUUUCAAUUGAUUAUUCCUUUUUC